UAGCAAAUUUGUAAAGACAUUGAAUAGUUUUUUUGCUUACCCUCCUUCCCUUGGCCUUUUGAAAGAUACAUUCUCAGUAUCAUCGAAUACAGGUAGGUUUCCCCUCCCUCCCUAUUGCCCUUUCUCUAAGCACACAUCUUUCUGAUGCUGUUUCAGGCUGGUCUUACUACCUUCUUAUGAGGACUAAGGGAAAGUACUCCCUUGAGCAAAGGCAUGUCAGCUCCUUGUGGAAUGUGAUCCUAAGAGCCGAGGGACAGGAAAUCAGGCAGGAGCUGAGGCUGGAGAUGAAGGCCCUUUCUGAAAAAUAAAAAUGCUGUGCAGUGCUAAACCACAUUAAAUCAAUUGCAAAGAUGAAGUCACCAGACAAGGAAGCCAGGAGCUGAGGGUGAUCACAACGCAAGCCAGGCAAAGACCUCACCAACAGGGCACAGUUUGACUGCACCAGAGAAAAGCAAGCAGAGCAGUGGCACCAACAGGUCCAGCGACCAUCAUGCAAGACAAGAGAAGACUACAAGCAGACGACUGAUGGUGAGAGUAAAAACCACUGAGGCAAAGUUACCGUGAAGGGAUGGAACAAGGCACUAGGACCUAGGAGGCGUCUCAUCCACCCUGGCAGGAAUUUCUUGCUUGGAGCUCAGACAACAAAGGCAGAGUGAGCCUGGUUUUCUUUCUCUCAGCAUCUCCACCCUGCGCGCUGAAAACCGCUUCAGAUCUUUAGGGUUCACCAAACUAUGGAACUUGAUUUUGGACACUUUGACGAAAGAGACAAGGCGUCCAGAAACAUGCGAGGCUCACGUAUGAACGGGUUGCCCAGCCCCACUCACAGCGCUCACUGUAGCUUCUACAGAACCAGGACCUUACAGGCACUGAGUAACGAGAAGAAAGCCAAGAAGGUGCGUUUCUAUCGCAACGGGGACCGCUACUUCAAGGGGAUUGUAUAUGCCGUGUCCUCUGACCGCUUCCGAAGUUUUGAUGCUCUCCUGGCUGACCUGACCCGGUCCCUGUCCGACAACAUUAAUCUGCCUCAGGGAGUCCGUUACAUUUACACCAUCGAUGGGUCGCGGAAGAUCGGGAGCAUGGAUGAGCUGGAGGAAGGGGAGAGCUACGUCUGCUCAUCUGACAACUUCUUCAAGAAGGUGGAAUACACCAAGAAUGUCAACCCCAACUGGUCUGUCAAUGUGAAGACAUCUGCCAACCAGAAAGCACCUCAGUCUCUGGCCAGCAGCAACAGCGCUCAGGCAAAGGAGAACAAAGAUUUUGUGCGUCCCAAGCUGGUAACUAUCAUCCGCAGUGGGGUGAAGCCCCGGAAGGCAGUCCGUGUGCUCUUGAACAAGAAGACUGCUCAUUCGUUUGAGCAAGUUCUCACCGAUAUCACUGAAGCUAUAAAACUGGAGACGGGAGUGGUCAAAAAGCUGUAUACCUUGGAUGGGAAACAGGUGACCUGUCUCCACGAUUUCUUUGGGGAUGAUGAUGUGUUUAUCGCCUGUGGUCCAGAAAAAUUCCGCUAUGCACAGGAUGACUUUUCUCUGGAUGAAAGCGAGUGCCGGGUGAUGAAAGGGAGCCCUGCGACGGCCACGGGCAGUAAGUCAUCUCCCACCCCUCAGAAGAGCUCAGCAAAGAGUCCAGCCCCCAUGCGCCGGAGCAAGUCUCCAGCCGAUUCAGGUAACCAUCAAGAUGCAAAUGGGACCUCAAGCAGUCAGCUGUCUACACCCAAAUCAAAGCAGUCCCCGAUCUCCACACCUACCAGCCCAGGGAGCCUCCGUAAGCACAAGGUAGACUUGUAUCUGCCUCUGUCUUUGGAUGACUCUGAUUCCCUGGGAGAUUCUAUGUAAAGCGACACGAAGCUAAAUGUCCAUAUUGCAAGCUAUGUUUAAGAUACAGUAGAGUACUUCUGCCAAAAUAAGCAGAUAGGUGACUGGUGCUUUCAAAUCAGACAAAGGACACACAGUUAUAUGUCAUUUUUUUUCUGUGAUUUAUCCUCUGUGCCACAAAUCAACACCUACCAGUCUAUAGAGAUAGAGGGAUACCAUUCUUCUGAGUUAUAGGGAUGCAAAAUGGACAUUGCGAGAAAUUUGGGGCCAAUAUGCCAAUGAUCCUGUCCAUUUCCCAUUUUCUUCUAUUAUUUCUUCUGCUGCUGCAGCUAUGUAAUUUUCCUAGUGAUAGUAAAGUAGCUCCCCCUGGAAGUGUGCAAAUGGAUCGCUUGCUGACCAAUUUGCAAGCUCAAGUAGAGAAAAUGAUACUCUCCACCCGUCCAAACUGCCAAUGUUUGCCAGCUCACCUGCUCCUCAUUUGCAGCCCUGAUUUUAGCACCUGCAUACUAACUAGUAUUGUUUUUAUUGUUGGAGGGCAGGAAGGGAAAUGACUUACUAGUUUGAUGCUUAAUAUGCCAGCAGAAGCUUGGAUGAGAUUAGGAAUCGUUGCUUAAGAUGCUAAGUAAGGUUAGUACAAUAGUGAUUCAAAUAUUGGGAUUUUUUUUUUUUUUUUAAAUGAUUAAGUAAAAAAAAUGUAAGUCAGCUGAGUUAUCUGGAGUGGAACACCUUUCACAUAUGAUCCAAAGAUACUGCUAGCUGGUAACAAAUUUUUGUACCUACCCUAUGGUAUCUCUCUAUCUCUGUUUGUAACAGUAAUGCCUUGUGAACAGCCAACACUGAAAACACUGUGAAAAUUUGUUUUCAGGUUUGACACCCUAUAGGUCACUUUUUAUAGCAAAAAAUCAAUACACUUUUUAUAAAGGAAAACCUUGUAUCUGUGUUUUGGGAGUAAGGAUUCAAGCUCCUUCUUUUUUAUAAAAGCUGGUAAUUUUCUUUUGUUUAAAAAACACAUUCAGAAAAAUGUACAAAAAAAACCAACCAACAACUGCAGAACAGUACUAACAACAGCUCAGUUUAGAAAACUUGUCAUCACUGCCAAAACAGACACUUGUAGGGGGGAAAAAAAAGGUCAAUUCAAAAUAUUGAAUGUUUUGAUAGUUUUUGUAAUGUUUAAGACUACGUAUUUGGUUUUUUACACUUCAGUAUUCCUAACUAUGGCCAGAUUCUCUACUUAUAUAACAAAUGGAAUUUUGUGGUGUUCAAAAACACGUAUUUUAAGAAACUCUUCUAUCUGACAAAAACAAACUUACUGUAUUUAGAGAAAUCUUUUGCUUUUACUAAUCAGUAAUGACUCCUACAGAAUGCAAAGUUCAUCUAUUCACGCAGGGCUGGUGGUUUUUACUACGCCGAAGCUUUGUCAUAGGCUAGCUGGCAUUGCCUCCCUUUCUCAAGGAAUAAGCUUUCGAUGAAACUGAUUAUUACAGAACUUUACCUAAAUGAAAUCUGUGCAAUCAAAUCUUUCUUUGUUGCUCUAUUUGCCUUUGUUUCAACAUUCAUACCUAUUCCCUAUUGCCUUGCAACCCCUUGUGAUUAGAAUGAACUAUAAUGUUGUGACGUUUGAUGCUACAUAAAUGCUGGGUUGUUCCCAAAGCCGCUCCACAUUUUGUUUGCUUGCAUUGCUGGUAUAAAACAAUCUGUGCAGGUUGCAUCUUUAGAGGUUCAUGUGAUGAUACAUAUAAUGCAACUUUAAAAAAAAGAUUUAUCUGAGAGAGGCCAGGAUUGGGAAUUAUCAAGGGGUCAGAGUUGUCAUGCACCAAAUUUGCACCCAGUAGUCUUAGUGCAUGAUCAUUUACACCCAGAGUUUUGCACAAGAAAUCAUUCGUUCCCACAAAUAACUUCAUUUAAUUGAAUAACUCUCUGACUACGCGACUGCUAAAUGAUCGUUUCACCUAUUGUAUAUAGAAUCCUGGUUUUAGUUCAAAGGCUAAGGGCUCAUGUUGAAGGUUUGUGGGGAAAGGAUGGUAGUGUGGACAAAGCAUAGGUAUAGUAGUCAGGACACCUUCAUUCAGCCCUUGGCAUUGCUAAAUUUAGUGUCUGAACGGGAGCAGGUCUCUUAGUAACCCUGUGCCUCAAUCUGUCUAUCUGUCCCUACAGGGACAAUACUGUUCUACCUCACUGGGGGUUGUGAGGCCAAAUGUUGCUUAACGUUUGUAAAGUGCUUUCAGAUCCUCUAACAGAAGGUGCUGAAGUAUUCUGGGUGCAGAUUUGGUUAUGGGUGCUAAUUUUUGGCUGUUUAAUCCUGUGGGUGCUACUGUAGAUACUGGUCAUGAAAAAAUAGGACUUUUAAAGCGUAAGGAUGUCAAAGGCCAUGGUUAUGCUAACAACACUAUUCAUCAGAGCUUUUGUCUUAGUAAAAGCUUUAGUUGGAUAGAUAAGUUGACAUGCUUUUACCCUCUCUUCUGUUCUGUUGGUGGAAAUCUCAGAGUCCCUCCCCAGGUCUCUGCUUUUCCAGGGACCCUGACUAGUAGUCAGGACCCUGCCUGUAAGAGAUGAUGGACUUGGACUCCAGUCAAAGGUGUUGUCACUUCAGUGACACAGGCCAUUCCUGUCAUAGUCAGGGCUACCAUGUCCUGCCACCUUUCCUCUGAGUCUCUGCUAAACCCAGAGACCAGCCAUGAAAUCACAUCUAGGUUCUCUUGCUAUUCAGUACGGGAUACUCACCCCAGAUCCACCAGGAAAACCUAAAUCUUUGAUAGCCAUAAGCAGACUGAACUGCUAGAGCUGCUGGUGGUAGGAAAGGAAUCCGAGUUGUACUUUCAUCCAGUAUCCAUGAGUUCAGUUUGUAUAAGACAAAGCAGGAUCCCAAGGGGUGAAUGACCCUUUGGAUGGAUGGUUGUUGAGGUAGCUGUUGAGAAGUGGUUCCUUUCCUUCUGGCCACAAGUCAUGUUUGGUUAUUUGAAGAUGCUCUUCCUGGUGGAGAGUGCUAGGGAAUCACUGAGGUCGUCUUCCUGAGCUGCACCUAGUGACACAUCUAAAAUCUGAUCCUGCAAGUUCUCCCUUGGGAGUAGAGUUUUGUCUGCAUGAGGAUCAUCCUGGGGUGGGGCUGAGCCCAACAAUUCCUUCAGGGAAUUAGGGGCACCUUGAAAAGGCCUAAAAGAAGGAAAAAAAAAAAACUGUUCAGUGGGAAAAAUAGCCAUUCAAACCAGUAGCAGCCACAAAGAAAACAGGGUAUGAGGUCAAACUCCCAAGUUUUAAAAAGCAAUUUUCUAGGUAGAAAUGCCUGGGCAGUAGGAGAAGUCAGUGAGUAUUUCAGCUGUAACAUAUAGUUAAGUCUGUAUUAAUGCCAAUAUUGCAUGAGUUCUUGUACAGAAAUGCAUGUGGAAUGUUACCUCCAUUCAAAACUAGUUAUCUUUGGCUUUGUAGGAUCCCUAACAUAGAUUUUAAUACAAAGAGAAACAAUGCACAAGCAUCGUACCGUAGUCAUUUAAAUAUAAGGACAGCCCUGAUUCAGGAAAGAACUUAAAGUCAUGCUUAAUUUUUAGCACGUGCUUUACUCCUGUUGAUUUUUCACGAGAGAUAAGCUUGGGUUUGGUCAGAAAGCUUUCUUGAGCUGGAAUGAAUUAGUAAUUACUUUCAAUAUACUAUAAUAAUUCCAGACCCUAUGAGAUCCUGGAGCAGAUGAUAGUAAUUUCACUAUAUACUCCAGAGUUUACCUUUUAUAUUUUUUUCUACUUUUACAAGCACAUAAAACUCCACAGGAUAUGAGGAUUUGCCAUAUUAAUUCUGCUAUAAAAACCCUGUCUAAUUUGCCUCAUGAGGCUGCCUUUAGUAUUUUCAGAGACUAAUUGAAUCACUAAGACUACAUUGUUUUAAAACAAUAAAGUAUUUAAAAGCAAGUUGGAGAGACUCUUGAAGUAGUAGGGCUUUGUUUCUUUGAAAUCUGUCUUUAUUCAGUAUCCAGUAUAUUUUAGCAAAUUUGCAUAUGCAGUAAAAAUACCUGUUUCAGACACACAAUCAUUAGGAAGGAAUUAGAGCAAUCCUCCAAGUAUAGACUGAUGUAUUUAGUAUUCGUACAUUCCAGUGAUGGUCUUGACUGUAGAAGAUCAGGGCAAUGCAGCAAAAUCUUUAGCCUUAGGAUUUCUGUCACUUGUAAAGCAUUUAUAAUCCUGAAGUUUCUGGGUUAAAGCCUCAUCUGGUAGAAGAUUUGGAGCUAGUUCAGUUCCACCAGCUAAAUAGCCAACCAAGACUCUACACCUUGAAGUAAUUUUGAAAGAGUUUGGUAAUGGGAUUUUACCUUGGUCCACUCUGCAGUGGGAGAUGGAAAUAGCUUUUGCCUACCAUUGUCUGUGUUUCCUGUAUCUGCGCAUUAUUUACAAUCUCGGGAGCUAGAAACACUAAUUGUGUUAUCUUCAUAGACAACAGAAAAAUUAUUCUGCUUAGAAAAAACUGCCACAUCUCUUUCACAUUUAGCUGACACACACAUAUGCAUGCAAAAAAUUGCACAUGCAGUGUAGCUAUUAUUCCUCUCUCAUUUGCUUGAACAGUAUUUUUGAAGGGAAAAAAGGGAGGUAGGACCAAAAAUUGUGGCAAACAGCAAAACAAUGUUACACCCAGGCAUUUUUAAUAGGAAAUAAUGGCAUAAAGUGUUAGUUUGUCCUUAUCCAUACGGAUACUGAUGACGUUUUCUAGGAUGCCUUGCAUUUGCUUUUUCAUGCCUUUGAGGUCAGUGCUGGUCUUUUUGCUGCUUCACAGAACACCUUGUGAAAUUGCUCUGUAAUGCCAUGCUGAACCCCUACACAGACGCUGUUCCAGCGACAGCCAUCCCUGGAAGUUGCAUCCUCUCUUGCAGGGGCACGGUAUGGACUUUACAGUAUGAGACUCCUUUAUUGCAGUGAGAGCACGUGAGUGUAUUUUGUCAUUGACUUCAGUGGUACACCACAUCCAUUCAAGGCAAUUGGAGAGUUGUCUUUUACUAUAGUAGAGGCAGAAUCAUUUUUAGAGAAAGGAAGAAAAAAUAGCCAAGUAAAGUAGGUAUAAAAUUAGUCCAGAAAGUGUCUCCUCAAGCUAAGACAAUCCACAACCAGAGAAAAGCUAUAUGGAGGUGCGUUUACCACGCACGAGGUGCUGAUCAUGACCAAGACGGAACAAAACAGCUUCUUUUUUCUAGUGGUGAUUUAGGCUCAAAGUUAUUUUUCUGGUUGCUGAUGGAAGCAGGCUGGAACAGUAUUUGGGACUGGUGAGGUUCUUUGUAGAAGCAAAUGGAUGGCACAAGAUGAAGAUCUUCUGUCUAUCUAGAUAAAGAGUGAGGUCAGUCCGUGCAACAGGGUUAGUGCUUUGCACAAGAUACCUAGAAGAGAUCCAGCUGAAACACCGCCUUGGUGUAACAAGACCAAGAAGGUUAAGACUUUAAGUGCCUUCCAACAUGCUUUGGGCUUCAGAAGCGGGACUAUACAUGUGCCCAACAAGGCCUACGUAAAAAUGGUCUUGGCAAAAGGGGACAGGACAGACUUUGACUCUUGAGAUAUUUAGCCCAUCUUGCAUUUAUUCAGCCAGAAUCACAGAUUUCUUCUGGCUGAUGCCUCUGUCCCAUCUGUAUGAAUGUGAGCAGGCCUCUCCAUGGUAUCUCAGGAAAUGUUAAAGCUGAGUCUUGUGUCUCACAGUGCAGCCACUCACCGAUUGUGGAGUGAACUGCACUGGGUUCUGCUGCAUUGGUUAUCGAUUCUGUCGUUCAGAUAUUCUUCACCCUCCUUCUUUGCUCCUGGCUUGAGAUCUGGCAUCUCUCAUUCUGGGUGCCUCCAGGUGAAAGGCUGGGGCUAGCAAUAUGUAUAGAUCCCUCUUUUUGUUUUGUUUUCUUUCCUCUGGAACAGAUCUAGUCAUUUGAUAUUUGUCUGAAGGUCUGGGGCCAAGCUGAUAAAAAACAUGUUUUAAUAGGGAGAGGGGAGAUGCUCAGAGAUUGUAAGUAGGUAGAUGGAAAGGCGGAAAGGCUUUUUUUCAGCAAUACCAUUGCAUAGCUGCUCUAACAGAAUCCCAGUUGCAGAGUAGGGUAUGGGUACUACAUCUGCAGGUGAAAAUGCAGAGCUUUGGGGUCACAGACCACUAUCCAUCCCUCAGGACACUCUGUUUAGAGAUGAUUAAAAACACUGACACCAAUUUUCAGCCAAUAAAUGAGCUUCUGAGCAAAUGAGAAUCAAACCUAGUGGAUUCAGCAGUGAGAUUUCAGAGCCAUUGGGAUUUCGGAGCUAUUGGUCUUUGGCAUAAUUGUGGACAGAUCAGUUCUCCUUGUGCCAUGGUGUCCCAAUGCAUAAAGAGCUGAUCACAAUACCUGCCUCCCUCUGUAAGGUGUAUUGAGAUAGGCUGAUACAGAGCUAUGGAAGAGCUUGCUCUUAAGAUUUAUUAAUUACUUUGCAAAGUCUGAAAACCUUAUAGAAGCAAACUAUGGUCCAUUGUCUUUGACAAGUCUUUUCAGGAACUCUGGCCCUCUCAAAACUAUGCUGUAAAAAUGCUUCAUUAUUUUACUUAUGGUGAAAGACAGACACAUCAUUUUUAGUUCCCCCAAAACCCAUGGAGGAGCCAGCAACAACCUUGAGAGCGAGACCAUAUCCACAUCCAGCAACCCAAUUCUCUCAUCUGGAGUUGCCACCUCUGGCCUGAACACAGACCCCUGCUGCCCUCUUUUUGUUACAUGUAUGUGUACAUAUCGGGGGCAAUUCAUGUUACCAUUCAAAAUGUGGGCCUUGUAUUUGUAAACGAUGAAUAAGUCUAAUGAUUUCAGUGGCCUUCUACCAAGAAAACAGUGGCCCUGUUGUUGAAAGCUUUCUUGUUUAGAAAGUGUUCAUGGCCAGAUGGCUUCAUGGGAAAGAGUUGCCUUUCAGUUCCAUCACUUAAUGCACUUAGUUGAACUAACCUAUUCUGGCUCUUGCUCUAUAUCUCAAUGAACUGUAAGUCAGGACUCUUGAGCCAGUUUAGAGCUUCCCUAGGUCUCACAGUUUAUCACUCAAACAACUGAAGGAGGAGGAUGUCCAAAGGGAAUUAACAAAUCUUUGCAGUAAUUAAGAGUCUGUCAGCUGAAAAAAGAAAGUUGGCAUCAUUAGAGAAAGAUGCCAUGGUGGCCAGUGUCAUGGGAAACAAAGGAAAAAAGACUUGUUUCUAAGAGGAAUGGUAGGGGGCAUUUGUUAGGAGAUAUUUACUGAGUCAUGAAAUGAGCUUGAACUUCACAGAAAAUCAAAUGGAAGGGAGAGCGUGAGGCAGAGCACUGGAAAUGUCAGUGCCAUUGAAGUGUGGGAAUAAUAAAAGACAAAAGCCAAGAAAUUCCAGGGACAAACAAAAGGGGAGGCUGGGGCUAGCUGAGGAUCUACAGCUUGGUUCUGGACAGAAAAGCAGCAGGGCUUCCUGGCUGCAUGUUGAGAGGGUUAUUGCCCCUGCAGGUAUCUAAGCCAGGAUGCAGGCUAUCUGCCACAACAGUGUGUCCCCCACUCCCGAUGGCAGAAAUAAGGUCACACUUGGCCGCAGGCAGGAGAAGUUGGUUUGAAGUUCCUCCCCUGCUCCUGUUUUACUCUCCUGCCAGCACGUGUCAUCCCUAAAAGGGAUGAUCUGUAAAAGAUCCAGCCCUUUGCUGAAUGACAGCACUGACCUGUGGUUUGGUUUUAUUUUUAUUCCUCCCUAUGAGAUCAAUCAGAAAUAGAAAUUCAUCAGUGUGCCCUGGCUUGGAGAAGGACAGGCCUGGCACACUGGGGAAUUGCAAGACAUGUGCAAGAGAAUAAUGAGGGCACCUCUGAACCUUCCAUCCCUUCCCAUGGAGCUCAGCAAACUCUGGAAAAAGUAGCAACCCACCAGCACCAGGGUGAAAAGCUAAGACAGGCUCCUGGAAGAGGUUACCUUGAUUUGCUGUGCAGGCUGAGGGGCUGAUGAUGAUCUUGUCCAUGAAAUGCCUAGCCACUUAUGUGAGAGCUGCUGCAUUCAAUAAAUCAAUGGGAAGUCCGUGCUGAACAAGGGGAUCUGUGUUUAACACUGGUUUUCUCAUGAGAUCUUUUUUAUCUUUUUUCUAAAUUCAGUUGAGUUACAGUGCUUGUGAAUUUAAUCCUAAAAGGCAAAACAACUGACUUAUCUAAACACAUUUUUUUUGCUGUUUAGUCUCAGAUUUUUUUUUUUUUUUUGCUCUUUGUUUCUGUAGAUUCUCAGAUGCUCAAUAUAACACAAGUGAAACCCAAUACACCUAAUUCUCCGCUGCUUUAAACAGGCAGAAGCUCCUCUGUAAUUAAGGGAGCUGAAUCCAUUUGGUCCAAGGUUGGUCUCCUAUUUCAAAGAUUGAUUACUGUCAAUAAUUCUUGUGUGAUUGAUUACUUAAGUGCAGAUUCAGUUUCCUGGGUGACAGCUGCAGCCUUUGCAGAGAAAACCUCAUUGACCCCAGCUAUACGGUGAUCCCUUGUAUGAACCUCUAAUAGCAAGUUAUAUAUGGGAGAUAUUUUGUAUAGUUUUAUUAUAGUUAGUGAUAAAGGUGAAAUAGUUUUCUUUGUUGAAAUAUCUUCAAACUUUUAGAAUUUAAAAUGAAACAAGGAACCAUAGCAAAUCAGGGUCUCCUCUGUAUUUUCUUGUUCUAAAGAGUGUUGGCUUUAUCUCACUUCAGUCUACCAACAGACAUGCCCUGAGCACAGCAGGUUUAUGGAACUAGAAAUAGCAUUUCUAUUUCUUCCAGUAUUUUUCUACUCUAGUCCCAGCUAGUACCAAGCAGAAUAGAGGUUUAUGGUUGGCUUGGUUUUUUGAGAAAAAUAUUACCAAAUGUCUCUGAACAUAAAAAGGAAGGUUCAGUUCAUUUCAGGUGACUUGUCUAAACUCAAGGCUGCUUUUGGUUUUUAUCCAAGCUCGUUCUUCCAUCUCUAUUUGCAACGGUUAUAUAUAGGAAAUUGAGAUUAAUUUGAGUCAUGUUUGAACAGCGGGGUUCUUGCAGAGCAAAGUGAUUUACCUGGCACGUGCAGUCAGAAUGAAACACGUUGGUGGCACUUGGUCAGGGUGGACCUGAACCAAACCCUGGUUCUGAACCACCGAGUUUCUGAGAAACCCAUGUGCAGAGUCAAACUUAGGAAAUGUCUGUAAUGGACCAAAUGGAUGCCGAGCUGGGGUCCAGGCCCAGUUCUUGAAGAAUUUUACCUUCAGAGAACCCCUGUGAAACAUUUAGUGGGGUUUUUUUGUUGUUGUUUGGUUCUGGGGGUUGUGUUUUCGAGUUUGUUUUGUUUUGGUUUUGGUUUUAAAUUCCAGCAUGGUUGCUUUUCUCCAUCUGCUUCCAACCAUCGCACGGCAGAUAUGGAUGGUUUUUUAAUUCACUUCCCUUUGCAGGUGGCAGUUGAAAUGUAGUGAUAUUCUGUCUCCCUCUCAUGCUGACCACACAGUCACUGAGGGGUUGCAGAACACACAGCUUUUUUUCUUUUGGUUUGUUGGGGUUUUUUUUUCCCCCUCUUUACAACAGAAGAGCUUUUUCCAGAUUUAGAGUGAUGUCUAAUGAUGCGUCUCCUUAAAAAGAAGAAUGUCUAGGGAAUUAAUUGCACUGCUAAUUGGUGUUUAUAGAUAAGGUGAAGCAGAAGUAUUGAAUGUAAGAACAAGAAAGCCUGUGAGUUAUAAUUACAUGCUGAAUUCUGACAUGUAAAAUUGUUGUUAGUUUACUUCUUAUUUAAAUGAUGUGUGAUCCAGGCAGCUUUAUCACUGUGGCAGUACUAGUACAGCUGCAAUUAUCAACUUAGAAGACACCCGGGGUCUUUUAGAAAGAGGAAACCUGUCUAGCCAAAUCUCCUUCUAUUCUCUGAAAUGACGACACAUUCCCCUCCAUGAUACUCUGUAUUUUAUGACACUGUCUAGUCUAGAAGCACAGGAAAGGAGUAUCAGCUUGCUGACUUUGCUGUUACUAGCCUUUGCCUAUUUUCUUAAUCACAAAUAUAAUCACAAGCUAGGAUUAGCGGCUCUCAUCGCACAAGCCUCAGUUCUUCACGCUACUCUUUGAAGAGCAGGAACUGCCUUCGCUCACAGCCCUGCGCUCUGCGGCUCUCUCUGAGCUGCAAAUCUGCCAACCAGUUGUGUUGAGGGAGGGAGAUAUGCAGCUGAACUGGAACCUGAUCAUGGAUUACUGUCUUAGGUCAUUCAUUGAGUUCGUAUGAUUUCAUCAUUAAUAACAAAGCUGCAAUAUAAUAUAACUGAGAGGCCACGAUGUAUUUUCUAUUGUCAUUCAGUGGGUGGGGGUUGGAGGGGCGGCCAGGUUUAAAGUUUAGCUGGUAUACUUUAAACUCUGUGUACAUAACCUUGGAGGACACGUGGGUGGUAAGGGUUCACUUGUUAUUGUGUUGGGAUUGGUAAAUUUCAGUUUGUUUUUGUUUAAAUAAUAAGGUAUUUAAUUAAUGACAUUGUACAAAGAGCUAUUAAUUUAAAUGGUGCUUUCGUUCUCCUAAAACAGAUCUAUCUAACUUUCUUUUUGGCAAGCCUGCAGCAAUGUUAAUCAUGUUGACUUUUGUACCUUGGGGGAGUGCGUGGAAGGGGAGGGGAAAUGCUUUUCUCUUCAGACAAAUAAUGUUGCCCAUAGUUAACUUUCUGCUUGGAUACAUACCUUGAGUUCCCUUUACACUGAAUUUUUAUGUGAAGUUCUCUUAAAGGGACAGAACAAGCAGAGGUUAUUCCAAAAGAUCUCAACUGUAUCAUCUUGUAAUAUAUUGCAGCUUUAUGCCAAUGAUUCCUUGCUUACCUGUACACAGUCCAUGCAUGUUUUGAACUAAUUUUGCAUUCUCCAUUUGUGGUGAGUUAUUUAGCAUUUUAACCACCUUUUGUGCCAUUCAACUUGUACAGAAAACAUUUUUAUUGACGUUUUAAAGGGAGGGGGAAGAAAAGAAAAAACCCCUUCUGCUCCCUAGUUGUAGGUAGAACUCAGUUACUUAGCAAACAGAUGUAGAUGAGUGGUUGUAGUGUUAGAAAUGUUAGCUUGCUCGUGAACAAGCUUUUGAGAGUAAAUGCAUGGUCCUGUACCUCUCUUUUCUUAAUUAGCUCUUCCUUUCCUCCUGGAAAGAUUCUCUCUCUCUCCCUCUCUCUUACUCUGUCUUUGUCUCUCUCGUGGUUGUAAAGUACAGAUUUGGGCAUAAAUAAAACGAUAUACAAUGAGGUUUGAAAAGCAGUUCUCAACAGGUUCUCUCGGGGAACUUAUUUCUCACAGCGCCUUGCCUUGGCACUUUGAUUAGACUCUAACUUUCAAGGUAAAACAGAUGGAGAUCAGUCACCUGUUGCCUCUGCUUGAACUGGGGAACAAGUUAAAUCUUUGGAAGUUUGCGUCACUGGUGAACGAUGAGAUCUUGCUGAUGCAUUGCAGCUGAGGCAUGUGGCACGUGGUGUAUUGGCCGUGGCUUCCACACCUGGUUGUUCUACAUGGGACUAGUCCCGCGGCCCCUGAUUUGCGGAGUUUGCACACACUUUUUGAUUUUCCUGGAUACACAGCGGAAGGGGGUGGGGGAUGGUAUAUAGGAAUCAUGUUGUUAGGGGUUCUGUAGACAACUCCUUCUCCACACUCCCAAGCUCUGAGUUGAGUACGCGGGGCUUAUUGUUUAAUAGCUGUGGUUCUGUUGGCAAUGGAGGACAGAAAACAGUCAAAGUCUUGGAAAAGAGGGGAUCACUCACAAAGACAGAUUUUGUAAGAAAUGGACUUAAAAAACCCUCACAAAGCCCUGCCACAAACCACAAAAUGUACCUAGAUCCACACAUCUAUCCCCCAUGCCUCUUCUCCCGUAACAGAAUUUCCUUUUGUUAGAAGAUUUGACUUUCUAGAAAAAAAUUCCAUUUUUGUGAGGUGUUGUGAACUGUUUUUACUACUUGUAAUAACCAUCCCAGGUCUGAGUAUUCUUGUAAUGCAAUGCCAUGCAGCAGAGAACCUGUCCACUUUAUAGCUUUGCUCUCAAUAUUUGUUACUCAUUGUUUUCUCAUCUAAAUGUACAUUUGCAAGAUGUGUGUAAUGUCAUUUUCAAAAAAUAAAAUUUGGUUUCAAUA